CCGCACCACCAUCCGCACCGGCCUCCGGGACUCUCCGUCCGGGAUGGAGAAAGACGCCUCAGAUCCGGAUCCAUCCCGGCAGCGGAACGGGUUUGUGGGCGUCCUGUACGGAGAGUUCACCGACACUCUCAACGACAGGGUCCGGUACUCGGUGAGCUUGACGGAGAGCGCCCUGACCAUCCAAAGGAUCUCCUUAUCACCCGGCCGGACUAAGAUCAUUUUUAACUUGACGGACUGUGUCGGCUGUCGGGCGUACAGAAGUCCGGAUAGCUCAGACGUCGGCGCUUACUUUACAGCUUAUUUUUACCCAUUUAAGAGGCGCUGGAUGAGCACCGGAGUGACCCGGCAGAGAGUGGAGCAGUGCUUUCGGGUCGCGCUGGUCCAGGACCCGCUCGCCAACCUCCAGGAGGCUGAGAGAUGGGCUCAUGCCAUCAGAGAUGCUUCAGUGAUGCAGGCUCCUCGGAGAGACGGUGUGGUGCAUAUGGAGCUGCGAAGGCCUUGCAGGACCAUGAUCCUGGUGAACCCCAACAGCGGACGAGGACAGGCUCUCCAACUCUUUACUUGCCAUAUACAGGGCAUGCUCACUGAGGCCUCCAUUCCCUACACACUUGUCAUCACAGAGCACCAGAACCAUGCGCGGGAGGUGGUGAGGAAAGCUGACCUGUCACAGUGGGAUGCCCUGGUCAUCAUGUCUGGUGAUGGGCUGUUGUUUGAGGUAAUAAAUGGUCUGAUGGAGCGAGAAGAUUGGCAAGAGGCCAUCCAGACCCCUCUGGGUAUCCUACCAGGUGGCUCUGGUAACGCCCUGGCUGCAUCCAUCCACCACUACUCACAGUCGCCACCAGCAUGGAACGAGGAGCUGCUACUGAGCUGUGGCUUCAUGCUGUGCAAAGGUCUGGUUGGUUCGCUGGACCUGGUGUCGAUCCACUUGGCCUCUACACAGCGCCUCUUCUCCUUCCUCUCCCUGGCUUGGGGCUUUGUGGCAGAUGUCGAUAUCGAGAGCGAGAAGUACCGCCACGUGGGAGCUAUCCGCUUCCUGAUGGGUACUCUGGUGCGUCUGGCCACCCUCAGAGUGUAUCAGGGCCGGUUAGCGUAUCUUCCUGUGAAGGAGGCACCAAAACUUCCAAAAGGAAGCAUAAUGGCAAACCAUCCACCCUCCACCCCUCAGUGCCCCUCGCUCUGCUCUUCCCUCCCCUGUCGGCUCAUUCCCAACACUUCGCCAAAGCAAAGCUCUCACCACAAUUGCAUCAGUACGAAUUCAAACCACAACACCAUCACCAACUCCUCCAACAGUACCAUUGACAACAAGAGAUCUGCGACACAGAGAGACACCAAAACAGCAGAUCCUGUGGAUUCUCUGCUUCCUGGCCUGGACCAGCCAGUCCCAGAGAGCUGGACAGUGGUCAAGGAGGAGGAUUUUGUCUUGGUGUUGGCUAUUUACCAGUCCCAUUUGGCUGAGGACCUGUGGACGGUUCCAGGUGCAAUGGCAGACGAUGGGGUGAUUCAUCUGUUUUAUGUGACAGCAGGAAUUUCUCGGCCUGCCCUCCUGCGCCUCUUCCUCGCCAUGGAGAAGGGCGCCCACUUGGCUUGCGGCUGCCCCUACUUAGUGUAUGAGAAAGUGAGGGCUCUGCGGCUGGAGCCCAUCUCUCCCCAAGGCAUGAUCACUGUGGAUGGAGAGGUGGUGGAGUACGGACCAGUGCAAGCUCAAAUCCACCCCGGGCUGGCCAGACUCAUAUAUGGAUGAACUUAUACUACUUUAUCUUUCCACUUUGGCCUUUUAUACUCUUGUCGGUUUCUUUGUGUAUGCUGUGCUUUCAAAAGUGCCAAAGACAUUUAAUCAGCCUCUGGAAAUUCCUUUAUUUUUCUACAUAGACAACUUGUCCUAUUUUUGUGGACCCCCUUUUUCUCAAUGUUAGAUUCAGGGUCAAAGCCAUGGAGGGUGGUUCUUGCUUGUGGCUGGUCCAGGCUUUGAUAAAUGUGGAGGGAUGGUGUGUAUGUGCAUUACAGAGAGAGCUAGAGAGAGAGAUCUUUAUGUAUGUAUGUGUGCACUCGAGUGUGUGUAUGUGUGGGAUCGUGCAUGAGGAGCUUUGGCAGCACGGUAGCAGAGGAGUGUAUUGUGCAUUCUGCUGUCGGAUCUCAUAAGCACGGCACAUGUUAAGUGAGAAGCACAUUUUUCUGUCCUAGGAGGCUCCUGCAGAAAAUACGCCCCUUGCCCCACUGUACUACUCCAGGCUGACAAUCUCCCUGCUGGGCCACCACUCUGACAGCAUCGCCUGACCUUCAGCUUUAAAAAAAAAAAAAAGCUUUCUUGCUGAAGAGAAAUAAAUCCCUAGAGGAUUUAACAUCAACAGAUCUUUACUCUUCGCAUAGUUUUUAGAAAAAAAAAACUCCCAACAAUGUCCAGAUCUAGCCAUGUUCAGCAUUAUCAACCUUUGAACCAUGCUCCUUCACCUCCUUUUUCUCCUUCCUUGCCAACAAGAAACUAGCUGAGGUUACACCUUUACCACAGUCCGAUCCAUGUCCUGUCCUCCUACCCUGCUUUAUUAUCGUUAAACUGUACAAACAGCUUCCACUCACAAGCGAAUAUACUUCCCUUUGCCCUCAUCUCCUCCACACCCCUUUCUUAUGCUCAGAUACACACACACCUACACACACACACACACAUUCCCUUGCAUCUCUGCAGCACUUAGCUAGGGGGAGGGGUACGAUCUGCUUCUGUGCAUAUGAUCCCCACUCCUCUUACCAUCUUAAGAUUGUACUCUCCCUCUCUUCACUGGUUAACCAGCCAUCAGCACCAAAUGUGUCCUUAACAUGAGGCUUUACAUCUGUAUAAGCGUGGUAAAUAGAAAUCCUCUUCCUUUUUUUUCUUUUUUUUUUUUUUUAAAUCAUACGAAAGCUCCUAAGUGGCUUUCAAACACAUAUUAGACUGGUUAAAGCACACUCGAGUGGAUGAAGUGCAGCCAUACUGGGUUCGACAGCAUUGCAUAUUGAGAGGCAUGUGAUCAAUGUGAGUAAGAGGGAGUCAAGUGUUUUGCUCCUCUGUGUUGGCCCCCACGCUUGCUGUGGUGAUGAGCAUUAGUGCGCUGGAGUGGAGGAGAGUGCAAAUGUUAGCAUUAUCAUCAGUGCCCCCUCCACACUUUUGCACACAUAUACGCAGCCUCUCUCUCUCUUUCUCUCUGUCUUUCUCAUACACACCAGUUUACUUCAGGCUGCACCACAACUGUUCAUGCAUGUGUAUGCAGCAGAGGUAUAUCAUCCCAUUUCAGGUUAGCUGCUCUUAAAUGUAAAAAAAGAUCAUACUCUUUAAAUAGUGCUGUUUAUGCUGAAAACAAACUCACCUCUGCCGAAAGUAAAACUAAAAUGUUGACUGGCUAAUGGGCUUCAAAACAGUGCUGGAUGUUCAGCUUUUUUUUUUUUUUUUUAAAGGUUUGUUGACUACAUUGCUGUCAUCCUGAGUGCAACACAAUUUAAUGCAACGAGUGCCCAUCAUUUCCUGCUGCUUUACUGAAGCCCAAGGGGGGGAAACCUCAAGUGACUGGUUUCCACUGGACGCAGCACAAAUAUGCUGUUUUUAUCAUAAUGCAAAUAAAAUCUAUCAGGGACUGUCAAAAAUUAUUAGAGUGUGGUGGCAUGCCAACUGAAAACUCAGUAAAGUACUGUAAACUGUAGUGUGUGAGUGUGCGUGUGCAUCAGAACUGGAUAGAAGAUGAUAAGAUGGCGUCUCAGUCAUUGGAAUGAAAGCUGCUCAGUGGCGCAUAA